UAGACUCCGGGAAUGAUCUUCCCUCCCUUCCCUCAACUCGUUCCAAAUCGUAGUAAACCAAUAAUAAUGAAGCACAGUCGCAUUGCUAUCGAAUGCUACAAAUGGCAAAAGUUUUUCCAUCCAAAACCAUGGCUCUCUAUGAAGUUCCAGCGGUGGAGGCCCUCCCGUUCUACCACGAUGGGUUCGCGAGAGUUCCGGAUGGCGACGAACCCGAGAGAACACCACGGUUGCGGCAGCGAGAGAUCGGUGCGGAAGAAGAAGAAGACAACGACAGCGAGUCUUCCUCAUCCUCCGCGACCACUACAGAGAACUCGAGCCAUUCCAUUUUGGAAACCGAAACCGGAAUCGAGGUCGAACCAAACCCACUGGCGGGACAGAGACAGGACCUCAACCAGCAGGACAGUGCGUCGGAACGAAAGAACACCGGCACGGCAACAACAACAACGAGCAGCCGCAGCGACAACGCUUCUUCGCCGGCAAGCACGAGUGGCGGCCAUUCCUUUCCCAUCGAAUCCCUCCCACCGCUGCCGGAACCGAGACACUCCAUGAAGCGAGAGGAGACCAGGAUGGGCGUUUGCGUCGUAGUCGCCGCUUCGAUCCUGAUCCCCUUCUUGACCCACUACGUGGCCCUCACGGCGAUCCUCCCGCAGCAAGGAGCCUCUGGGUCCCAAUCCACCCCGGCCGCCGUGGUGGCCAUUCUGGUGCUGGUCUAUACCGAGGCCGUCCUGGCCCUMGUGUGCACGGUGGGAAUCCUGCGCGUCGAUCCCUGCGUGGUGCACCGGUCCCCGGAAACCUGCUUCCCGCUGCCCCUGGCCGUCGAGUCGUGGCUAAUGGAGGAGGCCGCCGGUGCCGAGGACGAACCGCGCCGCCCACACGGGCUGGAAAGGUACAUCCGGACGACCGGCGUGGACAGCAACGGCCGGAGGACCACCGGCGUGUAUUGCACCCGGUGCCUCGUCUGGCGAAAACCCGGACCGAACUACUACCACUGCACGAUCUGCCAGCGGUGCUGUGCCCACCACGACCACCACUGCAACGUCUUUGGGCGGUGCAUCGCCGGAAAGGUCCGGUUCUGGGAGUCCGACGGCGGCAGCGACAAGGCCGCUGCCACGGGGAUGGGGAACAUGGUCUUUUUUGCGACGCUGAUCGCCGUGGCCGGGUGGGCGUACCUGACGGUGUGCUCGGCGUUUAUUUACGCCUGCUCGGUGCGGUUCGGGGCCCGGUAUGCGGUGCCGAUCGGCCUGGUGGCGAUGAUCGUGCCGUCGUGCUGCUGGUGCGACUGCGGGGUGUUUCGAUCCGUGUGGGGCCUGUUCGUGCUGGUUGCAAACCUGGUGGGCUGCUGUCUGCGGUGCUUGUCGAGGUGCACUUCCCGCUAUUCCAGGAAACAAGAACAAGAAGGGUAUAGCAGCACUGCGUUGCCUAAAUCUGAUGCUGGAACCGCUGGGAAAGAUUGUGUGGCGGGCGAUAGAUAGAGUAGUAUUUGGAGCUCGUGAUGGCUGGGUGUGGUGCACUAGCAUUACUACUACUUGUAGCAUCGGUUUUAGAAAAGGGACCAACAGACGCAGUUUUGUUUUCGUUGCGUAAAAUAUGGUUCUCGUCCCGAACGCGAAUGACAGAUAUUGUCUAAAAUGUCUGGAGUGCAUGGUAGUGCCAAUGUUGUUCCUCCUAUACGGUAGUAUUAGUCGUACUACUAAUACUACUUAUUUCUAGACACUCCCCUACUAUGGCACAAGACAAAAGUUUGCCAGCAAGAAGAAAACUAGUUAAGUAUUCUAUUUCCCCCAUUACUACAAGCAAUAGUACUCCUAAUUCAUAUAUCAUUCUCACUGCUAUUAGUAGUACUAUUAGUAAUCACUGAUAGAAGUUCUUCAGUCCAGUGGUAAUCACCAAUCGAAAUUCUCAACUAGAACUACUGUACUAAUACUAGUAACCACUGAAAUUUGUUCCCCAGGAGUAACAAGGAUCACUAAAAAUACUUCCUCUGU